AUGGCCCACAUGAUCAAGACCUCGGCAAAUAUGAGGGUUUUGAGCGUGCGCCUGUUUACACUAACACCUCCGGCGAUUCAAGAGCCGCCAGACGUUUGGUUUUGCUACAUCAUAGCUAUAGAAAAUGCUGUUACCAAGAUGGAAAAGGAAAACGAGAAACAUCUCAAUGCCAUUGCGUUGCUACAUGACGAGCUGAAAUCCAAGGUGACUACGCUUGCUGUUGCCGUCGAAGACACCGCGGCCCUAACGCCAAUUUGGGAUGGAAUGACUGAGUGGGGCCAACAGGAGCAAUGA